GUACAACCACUAAAGACGAAGAUCCUGCCCAGGAAGCUGAGCCUGUUACUGAUCGUCAAUAUCAGAAGGUUUUGUUGCAGCGGCUACUUCAACCGACACCUCCAACUUCACCGAAAGCAUUGGCCAAGCCUGCAAAUGCUACCAGUUUUCCACCGUUUCCGCCACCGGGUCUGCCACCACCUGAGAUCAAACCUGAUGUGGAUGAACUUUCUCGAAAGAUCCCGGAGCCACCGUUGA